AACAAAAAACUACAAAUUUGUCUCUUUCUUAUUUUGUCUACUUGACCUCUCAAUCGGGAAAGAAGGCAGAGGCAAUACAACUCAUACGCACACAUCCUCCCUUGACAACAUUGUUGGUUUCUGUUUUAUUGGUUGUCUUUAACGUAUAACUAGCUGGGACCUUUUGCCCAAAAAAGGAACAAGAACUACUACUGAUGGUUCGGGUGCUACGGCACGUGAAAAGCAUGCAGAAGUCGAAGUCAUUCCACCUCAAGCGGAUCUUCGAGAACCCGACCAAUAGGCAUAGCCACAGCCAAGUCAUUGAGGGCAGUGGUGAUCAUGAGGAAGGCGAUUACUGCGUUUUAGACGAGAACCGGGGCUUCAGAAGCCAAGGUGGCACCGCCGAGCUAAAGAAGUCCUCGGAGGGCCAUCACGUUGGAUUUGCGCUUGACCGUGAGACAGAACUGGCCUUGGACCUAGGAGGGGCAGAUCCUGGGACGAUGACGAGUCCACUAACGAAGGCACCCUCAGAUGUGGAGUUGAUGAAGGAAAGGUUUGCCAAGCUGCUCCUGGGAGAGGACAUGUCGGGUGGGGGAAAGGGUGUCUCUUCUGCUUUGGCCUUGUCGAACGCCAUCACCAAUCUUGCUGCUUCGGUGUUCGGAGAACAGAGGAAAUUGGAGCCGAUGCUGCCAGAGAGAAAAGCCCGGUGGAGGAAAGAGGUCGACUGGCUCCUCUCGGUUUCGGAUCACAUUGUCGAAUUCGUCCCAUCUCAGCAAGUUGGCAAGGAUGGAACAAACAUGGAGAUUAUGGUGACCCGACAAAGGACCGAUUUACUCAUGAACAUCCCGGCUCUUCGCAAGCUCGAUGCAAUGCUACUUGGCUACUUGGACAACUUCGGGGGCCAAAACGAGUUCUGGUACGCGUCAAAGGAUGAUGAAUCUGAGGAUCAGCGGAAGGAUGACCGGUGGUGGAUGCCGACGGUCAAGGUACCCCCCAAUGGGCUCUCCGAUGCUUCAAGGAAAUGGUUGCUCUUCCAGAAGGAAUCCGUGAACCAGGUUCUCAAGGCAGCCAUGGCCAUAAACGCUCAGGUCCUCUCGGAGAUGGCCAUCCCAGAAGACUACAUCGAGUCCCUCCCUAAGAAUGGAAGGGCGAGCCUAGGAGACUCGAUAUACAAGAGCAUCACCGUGGAAUACUUCGAUCCAGAGCAGUUCCUGUCAACGAUGGAUCUGUCAACGGAGCACAAGGUGCUUGAUCUCAAGAACAGGAUCGAGGCGUCAAUCGUGAUAUGGAUGAGGAAGAUGAAUAGCAAGGAGGUCAAGUCCCCGUGGGGAUCGGCCAUAAGCUUGGAGAAGAGGGAGCUGUUCGAGGAGAGGGCUGAGACUAUAUUGCUCUUGCUCAAGCAGCGGUUCCCCGGGAUCCCUCAGUCUGCUCUCGACAUCUCCAAGAUCCAAUACAACAGGGAUGUAGGACAGGCGGUCCUGGAAAGUUACUCAAGAGUGAUAGAGAGCUUGGCCUACAACGUGAUGUCGCGGAUCGAGGAUGUCCUUGAGGCAGAUGCCCUUGCUCAGGACCCAUCAGCUGCUGAGGCGAAGAAUUUCUCGAUCAACUCCUUGUCACCAGGAAGGGUACCAAACUCGAACAUUGACGAAGAGCAGGAGAGUUUACAUUGUUCUGAAACUCCCAACUCGAUGACGCUCUCCGAUUUCAUGGGCUGGGGUUUGGAUAAGGGAGAAUCGAAAUCAACGAGGAACAGCACGGCGGACAAUCUGCAAAGCUACGGUGCUGAUGAGGGUGAUAAUGCUCACACUCCUGCACACAAAUCAUCCCACCAUAUCACAAACAAGAUGAACUCGUACCUAGAGAAGCUCGAGAACUUCAGCCAUCCGCUGAGGAGUCCAACGGCCGGACAAUUAUAACGAGUUAAAGUAGAUGGUACAAGGGUCCGGAGAAAGGUCGAUGGUAAAGGGAGUGUAGGUUGAAAAUGUAUAGAGAUGGCGAGAGCAUUUUCGAUGUACGUAGCAGACCCGAGUAGAAGAAAGAAUUCUACCGGGGAUUGUAACAUCUUAUGUUCUUCCUUCCAUGUUUGGACAGGGAAGUGUAGUGACUGCUUUUAUUGAUUCAAAUCAACUCAGUAGGUUUAA